UCGGAACAUCGGUUAGCAUCUGACCACUGCCAGCCCAUCCCCUCCCACCCACGUUGGUCAUACCUCUGGGCCCGAGAGAGAAAGCAGGUCUUGGAGUGCACCAUGAUUUCUCCAUUCUUGGUGCUGGCCAUUGGCACCUGCCUUACCAACUCCUUAGUGCCAGAGAAAGAGAAAGACCCCAAGUACUGGAGGGACCAAGCUCAACAGACCCUGAAAAAUGCCCUAAGGCUUCAGAAGCUCAACACCAACGUGGCUAAGAAUGUCAUCAUGUUCCUGGGAGAUGGGAUGGGUGUUUCCACGGUGACGGCCGCCCGCAUCCUCAAGGGUCAGCUCCACCACAAUCCCGGGGAGGAGACCAGGCUGGAGAUGGACAAGUUCCCUUACGUGGCCCUGUCCAAGACAUACAACACAAACGCUCAGGUCCCGGACAGUGCAGGCACCGCCACUGCCUACUUAUGUGGGGUCAAGGCCAACGAGGGCACCGUGGGGGUGAGCGCAGCCACCCAGCGAACCCAGUGCAACACAACUCAGGGGAACGAAGUCACCUCCGUCCUGCGCUGGGCCAAGGACUCUGGCAAAUCUGUGGGCAUUGUGACCACCACGAGAGUGAACCACGCCACCCCCAGUGCCGCCUACGCCCACUCUGCUGACCGCGACUGGUACUCAGACAACGAGAUGCCCCCGGAGGCCCUGAGUCAGGGCUGCAAGGACAUCGCCUACCAGCUCAUGCACAACGUCAGGGACAUCGAGGUGAUCAUGGGGGGUGGCCGGAAGUACAUGUUCCCCAAGAAUAGAACCGAUGUGGAGUAUGAGAUGGACGAGAAGGCCAGGGGCACGAGGCUGGACGGCCUGAACCUCGUUGACAUCUGGAAAAGCUUCAAACCGAGACACAAGCACUCCCACUAUGUCUGGAACCGCACCGAACUCCUGACCCUUGACCCCUACAGCGUGGACUACCUCUUGGGUCUCUUUGAGCCGGGGGACAUGCAGUACGAGCUGAAUAGGAACAGCACGACUGACCCGUCACUCUCUGAGAUGGUGGAGAUUGCCAUCAAGAUCCUGAGCAAGAACCCCAAAGGCUUCUUCUUGCUGGUGGAAGGAGGCAGGAUUGACCACGGGCAUCAUGAAGGCAAGGCCAAGCAGGCGCUGCAUGAGGCAGUAGAAAUGGACCAGGCGAUUGGACGGGCAGGCGCCAUGACGUCCGUGGAAGACACACUGACCAUCGUCACUGCAGACCACUCCCAUGUCUUCACUUUCGGCGGGUAUACCCCCCGUGGCAACUCUAUCUUUGGUCUGGCCCCCAUGGUGAGUGACACAGAUAAGAAGCCCUUCACCUCCAUCCUGUAUGGCAAUGGGCCUGGCUACAAGGUAGUAGGUGGUGAGCGAGAGAACGUCUCCAUGGUGGACUACGCUCACAACAACUACCAGGCGCAGUCUGCUGUGCCCCUGCGCCAUGAGACCCACGGUGGGGAGGACGUGGCGGUCUUCGCCAAGGGUCCCAUGGCGCACCUGCUACAUGGCGUCCACGAGCAGAACUACAUUCCCCACGUGAUGGCUUACGCGGCCUGCAUCGGUGCCAACCUUGACCACUGUGCCUCGGCCAGCUCGGCAGGUGGCCCUUCACCGGGUCCCCUGUUCCUCCUGCUGGCCCUGCCCUCCUUGGGCAUCCUGUUCUGAGGGCCCGUGGCCCAGGCACCCACUAGCCUAUGACAGAUGGCCAGCCUCCCUCUCUCAGCACUGCCCACCACCUGGGAGCCCACACCUCAAGGGCUGGGGAGGCGGGGGGCCUUCACAGCCUCAACAGCUGCCAGAAAGAGGACCCAGGAAACCAAAGUCUGCUGCCCGCCUCGCUCCCCUCUGGAAUCCUCCACUGGCACCAGACCCAUUCCUGGCCUCCGGCCUCUGCUCCCUCCCUGCUGCCCCUUUGGCCAACAGAGUAGGUUUCUCUUGGGCAGGCAGAGAACACAGACUGCCGAAAUUCUCAAAGCAUCUUAUUUUUCUAGCAAACAUAUUUCUCCAGGCCUGGAGGCCCCGAAG